AUGCUCCUUACGGCGGCUCUCGGCCUGCUCGCUGGCACGGCCCUCGCAACUCCUGCCCCUGGUGGAUUAAUGAAAACUCCACUUUCACAGCAAGACUUGGCGCUCUUGGGAGCCGGGGUUCUCGCCUUAUUGGCAGAGAACAUGCCAGGCAGGAAUGAUGCCAAACUAUACGGCUUUGCUUCUACACUGACGCAUCCCUGCGGUCCAACGUACGUCGGCACUUAUACGCUUGGUCCAAUCGUCGACUCGGACUAUCACGUGGUGCAAGAUGGGCAUGAUUCGCCCGUAAGCUCGAAUCGGCCGGGCUAUGUUUACGUUUUCGGGACUAAACUCUCGAUUGAGAUCGAUGGGAAUACCGUGAGCUACGAAUAUGGCGCACUGCGUUGGAACAGCACACAACUAUUUCGUCCUGGCGAUGACUUUAGCUGUCUCGCCAGCGGUUGGUCAAAUGCUGUGUCGUGCAACGAAAGUGACUCAAGUGAUCGAAGCCAGGACAUGUUUUGUGUGCUCUGGGACAAAUCAGGCAAACACGGCAAGUCCAGACCUGGAGACACAAACGCCAGCGUUGCGAGCGUUGCUCCUUCGAUCGAGACGCAAUCUGCCGAGGAUCGAUCGAAACAGAUACCCUCUUACCCAUCUGGCUAUCUCGAACCUGGGCCCGUUUCUCCAUCCACAGUUCCCGAGGUUAUGCAUGGCUUGUCCAGACAUGCGUUGUGA